UAAAACAAAAAACCAAAAAUUAACGAAGCAUCUCAAGCUAACUACUCUCUCUUUCUCACACUGAAAACCAAAAACAUGUAGAGAGAGAGAGAGAGAUAGACAUCAAUGUCCAUGUUUCUUACUUUUCUUGCCACAUUGUCUUAAACAAAAACACCAACCCACACAACAGUUUCAUAUAUUUCUCAUCACUUCUCACACAAACAAAACAAAACUCUCUAUUUCUCUCUUCCUAUUCGAAGUGCUCACUAUAGCAUGCUCCAAACACCACACACAUACCAUUGACACACUGUAAAGGGUUUCUGGGUUUUUGAUUCAAUUGGGUCUUUCUGCGCUGAUGGCUCCUGGUAGAGGGUACAAAAAAAAGAGGAAGGUAGAGAAGAAGGUUCAAACAAACCCUUCAGCUUCUGGGUCCUCUGAAGAUGGGUCUGUGGAUUGGUGGGAUGUCUUCUCCAAGAGGAUUGCUGGUUUUUUAUCUUCAUCAGAAGGUUUGGAUAAGUUUGAGUCUGUGUUCAAGAUAUCCAGAAAAACUUUCGACUAUAUAUGUUCGCUUGUGAAGGAACAUAUGAUGGCCAAGACAGGAAGCUUCAUGUUUAGCGAUGGAAAGCGAAUGUCUUUAAAUGAUCAAGUAGCUGUAGCUUUAAGAAGGCUAAGUUCUGGUGAUUCACUAAUUUCCAUCGCCGAUUCAUUUGGGACGAAUCACUCGACAGUCUCUCAAGUGACCUGGCGUUUUGUCGAAGCAAUGGAAGAAAGUGGGCUCCACCACCUUCAGUGGCCUUCCACAGAGCAAGAAAUGACAAACAUAAAAUCCAAGUUUGAGCAAAUCCGAGGCCUUCCAAAUUGUUGCGGGGCGAUUGACAUCACGCACAUUACCAUGAUGCUGUCUUCGUCCGAAAAGGCAAAUAACGUGUGGCUUGAUCGUGUGAAGAACCACAGUAUGAUCUUGCAGGCAAUCGUGGACCCCGAUAUGAGGUUCCGGGAUAUAGUGAGUGGAUGGCCUGGGAAAAUGCAUGAUUUUGAUGUGCUUCAAAACUCGACUUUCUUCAAGCUGUGUGAGCAAAGAGAGAGGUUAAAUGGGAACAAAAUGAAGCUCUCGGAAGGAACAGAACUAAAGGAAUACAUAGUUGGUGAUUUGGGUUUUCCAUUACUACCAUGGCUCGUCACGCCUUAUCAAGGAAAAGAGCUUCCCGAAUCCAAGGCUGACUUCAAUAAGCGACUUUUUGCAACGCGUGUGGUGGCACAGAGGGCAUUGGCGAGGUUGAAGGAGAUGUGGAGGAUAAUUCAAGGAGUGAUGUGGAGACCCGACAAGAAUAGGUUGCCGAGGAUUAUCCUUGUAUGCUGCAUUCUUCACAAUAUUGUCAUCGACAUGGAAGACGAGGUGCUUGAUGGGUUGGCUUUGUCUCACCACCACGACCCCAAUUACAAACAAGAGAUUUGUGAAUCUGUUGACAAUACUGCCUUGGUUGUGAGAGAUAAGUUGUCUCUCUACUUGUCUGGAAGACUGCCACCUUGAGUGGUUAUAUUGUCUGUCCAAUUCAUAGUUAGAAGAGCUUCAAACAGGACAUCGUUGCACAGAAAGAAGAUUAAGGUGAAUCAGACAUUUGGAUUUGAUUCUAAGGUUGUAAAUAAACUUGGACAAGACAGUCCAUGGCUAGGCGCAACCUGCGAGUUCAUAAGGUAAAUGGCUGAGAGUACCAGGUGAGAGGGAGAGAUUUACAAUAAAACAGUGAACUGCUUUAUAGAGUUCUAGGGUUUAGUUUCUAUAAUUUCUAUAGAGAGUUGGACUAAUCUGGUUUUUAGUUGUUUAUUGAACAUUUGAGUCUCUGUUCUUUGUUUGUGAAGCACAUGAAUUGCAUGGGAGGUAAGCUUCCAUCGCUGCUUUGAGUUUCUA